CAAGGGCCUAGAGGGAGGCAGCGCUGGGUGAGGCAGGGGAGUUAAUCCCCCUGCUCCCCGCCAGCCCAAAGACAAGGGUGAUGAGGCCUCCCUGUGUCUGCAGGUGCUCAGGAGGGGUUUGGCUGAGCAUGAGAGCAGCCCCAGUCCACGGACAGUGGGGGUGAUGUGAGGAAUGGGGAGGAAGUGCAGAACAGGGCACUUACAGGGCUCCCACUUGUGCUGGGAUCACCAGGACUAUAUUUGCCCGCGGUGUGAAUCGGGUUUUAUUGAAGAACUUCCUGAAGAGCCAAGGAACGCUGACAAUGAGACCACCUCCUCUACAUCAACCAGCGAUCAGAGCAGGCAUCCUUUUGAGAACGUGGAUCAGCACUUAUUCACCUUGCCACAGGGCUAUGGCCAAUUUGCCUUCGGGAUCUUUGAUGACAGCUUUGAGUUUCCGUUUGGGUCCAACGUGCAGUCAGAAGACAACAGGGACUCCGAGAGCCGGAGGGAGCGAGAGCAUCAGUCUCGGCAUCGAUACGGCGCAAGGCAGCCCCGAGCACGCCUCGCCACACGCCGUGCCGCUGGCAGGCACGAAGGCGUUCCCACACUGGAAGGAAUCAUCCAGCAGCUGGUCAAUGGAAUUAUUGCACCUACAACAAUACCAAACCUAGGGCUAGGUCCUUGGGGAGUCUUGCAUUCAAAUCCAAUGGACUACGCAUGGGGUGCCAAUGGCUUGGAUGCAAUUAUUACACAGUUACUAAAUCAGUUUGAAAACACUGGACCACCGCCAGCAGACAAAGAAAAGAUCCAGGCCCUCCCCACCAUACAGAUCGCACAGGAACACGUAGACUCUGGAUUAGAGUGCCCUGUGUGUAAAGAAGACUACACAGUGGGUGAGAGUGUCCGGCAGUUACCAUGCAAUCACCUGUUCCACAAUGGCUGUAUAGUCCCGUGGCUGGAGCAGCAUGACACGUGUCCUGUGUGCCGAAAAAGCUUAAGUGGACAAAACACUGCCACAAACCCCCCAGGACUCACAGGGAUGAACUUCUCAUCAUCCUCCUCCUCCUCAUCCUCCAGCUCACCGAGUAACGAAAACUCCUCGAACAACUCAUGAAAUCUUAAUCCACCCCUCUGUCCCUGGGGCCCUGUCCCUUCUCCUUCCUCUCUCCCCAGGCAACGUAAGCAACGAAAGGGGCUUCCAGAGCAGAGCCAGGGGAGGGUAGCAAGGGGGAAGCAGCACCCCCAGAAUUCCCUUUUGAGUUCUGAAGACACGGAGACUCUGGGUCCUUCAGAGAUGAGAAGCCUUGAGUUCUUUGAUGGGAGGGGGGAAAGAGCUCUGUCUGUUAAUAAAAACAUCCAUUUGCCGCGUGGACUUUUAACCCUUGCCGUGAAAGGCUGCUGCGCUCUGCAGCUGGGAAACCCGAGGUGCGGAGCUGGCGGUUGCAGUUCUGACUGGAAAGGCUGUUUGUAUGGGUUUGAAUUUGAGAUUCCCUUCUUUCUUUUACUCCUCCUCCUCCCCUUGGAUACUAUCUCUUCUGCUUUGGAGAUUGAAGUCUUGGAAAUGAAAGCAUAACGAUACUGCCUCGCUCCCCACAUCUCCAGCGGGGGGGGCCAAUAGUCACCGAAAAAAAAAUGAACUCUUGAAAUAGACCCCCGUUAUCCUUCCCUUCCCAUCUCAAGUCCCAUUUAUUUUUCUUUAUAACCCUGCCCUUCUGAUACUCAACACUGAAAGGGUUUUUAUAAUUUUAAAUUAUUACUGCUGAUAAAUAAAUGGACGUUUCAGCUCAACGAGAUGUUACGCAUGAUUUGAGGAAAAGUGCAGGGUAAGCUCUCUGGAGGCUGCUGUGCGGAGCCCUCCUGUUUCACCUGGAGCAGGUUGGGCUCCUCCGAACCCUCUUGCACACCAGACACAGACGCUGACGUGACCAGCACUGCUACACACGUAGCCAGCCUGUGGAUCAUGGAGCAGCUGGCUGCAGGAUUGCAACUGGAAGCAUCCUUGCCUGGUCUUUUGUAUUUUUUACACCUUAUCCCUGGUGCAGUCCUGCCCUUCUCUCUGCCUGAGCGGAUUUUUUUCCUCUGUGUUGACAUUAGGGCUGGGCACGCAGCAGAGCAAGGACCAGCCAAACGUCAUUGUGGUUGAAUAAUAUACAGGAAAAACAACAUUUUGGAGAAAAAUGUGUUUCAAAACUUAAACUACAGCUGAUUAAAAAAGGAGAGAGAGAGA